AUGGGAAACACAGAGAGCAAUGUUUCUAGCGGAGUGAAAAAACAGACGGACUCGUCGUCCAUCGUGUUGUACAAAUUGGUCGAUUUGAAAGGAGGCGGUUUAUUGGUGGACAUGAUGAAACGGGCAACGCAAACGAAACAGUACGCUGAACUGGAUCACGCGUUGAGGACGAAAGUGGAGCCGUAUUUGUACAACAAAGGAAAAGGGAAAUGGAUCCCGAUCGAGAAACUGGUCCUCCUGCGGAACAAAGAUCGGCCCAAGCACAAGAUGCUUCCGCCGUUAAGGGCUAUGGAGAAUCCAGGCGAUUACGACAUAGAUAAGGACAUGGCCAACGAGGAGGACGUUGACGAGACGAAAAUAGAUAAAAGCAAAUACAGACUGGUCUGCUGGAGCAUGAGUCAAAGGGGCGCGGUUGGAGAAUCGAUUCUACAUUUGUGCAUGUUACACGCCACCACUAUUCACAUCGACCUGGCGAAACGUUUGCUACGUUUCUAUCCGAAACUCAUCAAUGACAUUUACAUGAGCGACGAGUAUUACGGCGAAAGUGCGUUACACAUCGCGAUAGUUAACGAGGAUCCAGCCCUGGUCAAGUUACUCCUUGACAGUGGUUCAGACGUACACGAAAGGUGUUUCGGUAACUUUAUGUGCCCGGAAGACCAGAAGGCCUCGAGAACAGACAGUUUGGACCACGAGUGGGUAUGCGUGACGCCAGAAACCAAUUACAGCGGGUACGUUUAUUGGGGCGAGUAUCCAUUGAGUUUCGCGGCGUGUCUGGGUCAGGAGGAGUGUUACAGAUUGGUCCUGGCGAGGGGUGCAGACCCGGACAAACAGGACACGAACGGUAACACCGUUCUGCACCUGUUGGUCAUCUACGAGAAACUGGCGACGUUCGACAUGGCGUACGAAGUGGGAGCCUCGGUGUCGUUAAAAAACGCCCAACAUCUGACGCCGUUGACAUUGUCCGCGAAGUUGGCCAGAAUCGAGAUGUUCUUUCACAUCUUGAACAUCGAGAGGGAGAUCUAUUGGCAGAUCGGGAGCAUCACUUGCGCCGCUUAUCCUCUGUCCCAGGUGGACACCAUUGACGUCACCACGGGAACCAUUAAUCCUAAUUCCGCCUUGAAUCUCGUCGUCUUUGGCGAGAAGGAUGAACACCUGGAGCUGAUGGACGGCAUUCUGAUCGAUUUACUGAACGCAAAAUGGAACACCUUCGUGAAGUCUCGUUUCUACCGUCAGUUCUUCCUUUUCUGUUUCUAUUUCAUCCUGUCGUUGGUCAGUUUCACUCUUCGUCCCGGACCUUCAACGCCAUCGACCGAUUCCACCGCAGCCACCGUACCAACCACCGACACCUACGUGUCUCUGAUGUCUUCCUCUACACCUGGGUCGAUCGAGGUCCCCGACUUUACAGAAAUCGCAAAUCAAACCUCGACACACCAUCGAAAUGUAAUUCUUGCCGAGUUUGUCGAGAGGCUCGUCGCUGGCAGACUGAUCGCGAAUUUGCAGACGUCCUUGAACAUGACAUCCGUCUUCCUCGAGAAGCUUAAGCUCGACAUAAUCUCCGACGUGACGUCCACAUUGAAAGAACGUUCCGUCAGGUCUCGCGAGACGAUGUCAUCUGAAACGAUCUUUGUCGGAAAUGGAACUAUAAACAAUACCGUCGGAAGCACAACGAACCAUAGUCUGGACGACACAAAUGAAUCGUUGUACGAUGCCAACGUGUUGCUCGACACCAGGAACGACACAGUUGGCGGCCCUGGCACCGACAAACCGAACGAUUGGUGGAGUAACCUCAGCCAGGAAUGCAGACUGAUGCAGCUGGACAGUUUAUCAACGAAGAUACGAAUAAUCGCCGAACUGUUGAUGGAAAUCGCGGCUGCGCUCUACAUCUUCGCGGCGCUUAGGGAAGCCAGAUUUUUGGGUCUGAGCAUGUUCGUCGAGAAUCUGAUGACAGCACCGUCGCGUGUAAUGUUCCUGUUCUCAUGUUGCAUAUUAUUGUCGUUCCCGUUUCUGAGACUGAACUGUGCCGACCGAGUUGAGGACAUGCUCGCGGUUGUCGUGAUGUUGACCACUGCGCCGUAUUUCUUGUUCUUCUGCAGAGGCUUCAAGACCGUCGGCCCUUUCGUCGUCAUGAUCUACAGAAUGAUCAUGGGUGACCUGCUCCGUUUCGUUUCCAUCUAUUUGGUGUUCGUGAUGGGAUUCUCUCAAGCCUAUUACAUCAUAUUUUUGUCGUUCGACAAUCCGAAUACACCGGAGGGUGUCGACGACUCGAUAAACAAUCCUAUGCCCUCGCCAAUGGAGAGCGUAAUGGCGAUGUUCUUGAUGAGCAUGACGAACUUCGGCGAUUACUACAGCGCUUUCGAGAGAACAGAACACGAGAUGGAAGCCAAGUUUCUGUUUGUGCUGUACAUGGCGAUCGUGGCGAUUCUACUGGUGAACAUGUUGAUAGCCAUGAUGGGGAACACGUAUCAAAAAAUUGCGGAAACAAGAAACGAAUGGCAGAGACAAUGGGCACGUAUAGUUCUAGUGGUUGAGAGAGGCGUAAGUCCGGAGGAAAGGCUGAAAAAGUUGAUGGACUAUUCGCAGCCAAUGUCCGACGGUCGAAAAGCGUUGGUACUUCGUCUGAACCAAUCGGAAGAGGAUAAGGAAGAGAUGAAGGAAAUUCUAGAAAUGAAGAGAACUCACGACAGACUGUACAAGAAAAGACAAGAGAAAAUGGCUAUGGAGAAGGCUCAGAUUCUCCAAGACAAUGUUAUUUCAUAG